CAAACUUUCCUACAUCCACCGACUGGCCUUCAGGGACGUGCCCUCUCUCGAGAGCCUGAUGCUUAACAACAAUGCCCUCAAUUCGAUUUACCAGCGCACUGUGGAGGUUCUGCCCAAUCUAAGGGAGAUCAGCCUCCACAGCAAUCCUUUGCGUUGCGACUGCGUCUUACAGUGGAUGACCUCCAACCGAACCACAGUGCGUUUCAUGGAGCCCCUCGCCAUGCUUUGUGAUUCUCCACUCGAGUUUCGGGGCCAGCAUGUCAGAGAGGUGAAGCUCCAGGACUCUCCAGAACAGUGUCUGCCCCUCAUCUCCCACGACACCUUCCCCAGCCACCUGAGCCUGGAGCUGGGCAUGAGUGUCAGCCUGGACUGCCGGGCCAUGGCCGAGCCCGAGCCCGAGAUCUACUGGGUCUCCCCUCUGGGGACCAAGAUCACCAUGGACACCGUGUUAGAUCGCUACCACCUGAGCAGCGAGGGGACCCUGAGGCUGUCUCAUGUACAGGUGGAGGAUUCUGGCCGCUACACCUGUGUGGCCCAGAACUCAGAGGGAGCGGACACCCGCGUCACUACCAUCCGUGUCAACGGAACCCUACUGGACAGUGCCGAGGUCAUGAAAAUGUACGUCAAGCAGACCGAGUCCCACUCCAUCCUGGUCUCCUGGAAGGUCAACUCCAAUGUCAUGACCUCCAACCUAAAAUGGGCCUCGGCAACGAUGAAGAUCGACAACCCCCACAUCACGUACACUGCACGUGUCCCUGUGGACGUCCACGAAUACAACCUCACACACCUGCAACCCGCCACCGAGUACGAGGUGUGUCUCACCGUCUCCAACGUCCACCUGCAGACCCACAAGUCAUGUGUCAACGUGACAACCCGCAGUGUCACCUUCGCUCUGGAUGUUUCUGACCAGCGUCCCAGCGUCGCUCUUCUGGCUGUUAUGGCCACCAUGCUGGCCUUCCUCAGCUUGGCCACGGUGGGCAUCUACAUUGCCCGCCGAUGGAAGAGGAAGAACUACCACCAUUCCUUGAAGAAGUACAUGCAGAAGACAUCCUCCAUUCCCCUCAAUGAGCUCUACCCACCUCUAAUCAACCUGUGGGAGGCAGACAGUGAGAAGGACAAGGAGGGCUGUGUGGAGGGCAAACCUUCUCCUGUGGACACCACUCGUAGCUACUACAUGUGGUGAGGAGACCUUACCAGGCCAGACCCUGGAGCUCCCCACAGCAGCACACACAGACACACUUUUGCCAUUUUGGUGCAAAAGUCAUAUAAAGUUGCAAAUGUUUUUUGUAUCUUCAGCUUUGCUAAUAAGAGGCAGAGUGAAUAAGGACUGGGUUUUUAUUAGUAUAGCGUAUCGCCUUUGUUUGAUUCUCUCCGUAGGUCUUUAAGGUUUUGGACUUUCCAAGAUGGCAGCUGUGCUUAGCUUCCAGGUCGUAUGUCUUAUUAGUUGCUGUGCUCUAUUUCUGUGAUGCAUUUUGAUAGCACAGCUUUUCAAUUUAUUCUUCUGGACUCUGGGUUUUUUAGGGUCUAUUAUGCAGGUUGGGACUACUGUUCCUCUUGCAGUAAUGGUAGAGAUAAAUGUGUCUUUCUCUCGUUUUGUAAGACAGGUAAUCUGUUGUGCACUGAAAGGUAGCAGAGUUUCCUUUACUGAGUUGACUCUAAUUACAAGCUGACUGAGGGAUUUAGACAUGCUAGUCUGCCUACUGAAUAAUGUUAGCGAUUGUACAGUAAUGUUGUAUCAACUAUAAUUUGAGACUUUCGUAAUUGUAAUUGGAAAUAUUAGGAAUUAAUCGGUUGAUAAUCGUGCUUUUUAGAAACGUGAAUGUUAUGAUAACAUACCGUUAUGAGUUAUAGUAGUAGCUUUAUAAUUUAGUCUCAUUUGCUCUUUCCGAUAUUGCUAGAAUCAGUCACUGACUACUUACUUUUGUGAUUUUAACACUCAAAAUGUUGUAUAUGGAUGAGAAAGUUGAAAUAAAAAACUUUUUUUCUUUUUAAAA